GAGCCUAAGAAAAGAGGCCGCGUAGGCGCGCCCCUUAGACGCCUUGAGGUGCAGAUGAGGCCAGGAAGGAGGAGACGGUUUGGCCAUUUUUUCCCCGCCUCUGUCUUCGGUCGGAACUGCAUGCAAGGUGGGGGCCGGGGCCUGUCCCUUUAAGGUGCCUGUAGGUCGCCCGCCUCCUGGCUGCCGAGGUCCAGCGGCCGUGGUCGUCGUACAAGCCAAAGCCGGGAGCUCCAGUGCAGAUGCUGUCUGGAGGUCCCAGAAAUAUCCUCCCCACAAGGAACAUGAGGGUGUGGUACAUCACCGUGCCAGCACUAGUUAGCAUGAUGUUGUUUUUCUUGAUCCAGCCGUCAAUGUGCUGCAACAAGGCUCUGUGUGCUAGUGACGUCAGUAAAUGCUUAAUACAGGAGCUAUGUCAAUGCCGACCAGGUGAAGGAAACUGUUCAUGUUGUAAGGAGUGUAUGCUUUGUCUAGGCACACUUUGGGAUGAAUGCUGUGACUGUGUUGGGAUGUGCAAUCCUCGUAAUUACAGUGACACACCUCCAACUUCCAAGAGUACUGUUGAAGAACUGCAUGAGCCAAUCCCUUCCCUCUUUCGGGCACUAACAGAAGGUGACACUCAGUUGAACUGGAACAUUGUUUCCUUCCCUGUUACAGAAGAAUUAUCGCAUCAUGAAAACUUAGUUUCAUUUCUAGAAACAGUGAACCAUCCCCAACAUCAAAAUGUCUCUGUUCCAAACAACAACGUCCACAUAUCAUACUCCAAUGACAAAGAACGCAUGUGUACAGUGGUUUACUUUGAUGACUGCAUGUCAGUACAUCAGUGCAAAAUCUCUUGCGAAUCUAUGGGUGCAUCGAAAUACCGAUGGUUUCAUAAUGCCUGCUGCGAAUGUAUUGGACCAGAGUGUAUCGACUAUGGCAGUAAAACUGUAAGAUGCAUGAACUGCAUGUUUUGAAGCAGAAAGGUUGACUCAAAAUAUGGACACUAAAGUUUUUAUAGUGAAACAGAUUGGAUUUAUUAGUAUUGUUUGAUAAUGUAAUAGCAAGCACAGCAACUAGAGAAGAUGUAUACAAUUUUAAGCAUUUAAAUCUCCCCCACACACCAAAAAUCAUAUAAACAGUAUUACUUAGUAAAUGUUUAAAUUUGUUCUUCAUGUUGAUUGGAUAAUCAUCUUUAUGCUUAUGAUUUACUGUUUUGCUUUGAUCUGAAUGUAUUGACUAAUUUGCAUAUUGUAACAACUUGUUGAUUAGAGGUUCACAAAGCGUCAAAGAAACUGCAACCAGCUCUUAAGUGAAUUUCUCUAAUUAUUUAGACUUAUCACAUUUUGAAAUGUUCAGAUUUGUACUGACAUGUAGCUUAUUGCUACAGACCUCAUGGAUUACUGUUAUGAAACAUGCUAAAGAACUUUACAACUAAAGAAAACCAGAUAUUGCUCUUGAUUGCAAGGAGGAAAGAAAACUGACACUGCAUUUGGUGUCAAGUUUCCCCUCUACUUAUAAAUGUCCUUCUCUGUAUAAAACAAAUUUAAUAAGUUUAAUUAUAUUCACUUUGUAGUAUCUUUUUUCCUUGCUUUUCAUUCUAGGCUACAGUGGGAUUUUUUUGAACCAAAAAGAGAACAUACAUUUACUGGGAAUUAAAUUGUGAGUCACAGAGAAUUUAGAAGCUUCUGAUGUAUAAGAAGCAGAAAUAGGUUCCAAGUUCAAAUAUAUGUAUGGCUUAUUAAAUAAAUGGUUGGUGCUGUCAGGCUGACGACCUCAACCACGGGAUUGGUCAGGGGGACUUCUACUACUACCAAAUGGUUAAAUACGUUGUCAUAUCUCACAGCACCAAUUGUUUUUCAAAGGAGGUCAACUCAUGUACUGGUGUGUGUGUAGUCCAUACUGCUAAGUAGAACUGCAUCUUCUAAGUCCAUUGAAAUCAGUGGACUUAGAAGAGUACAACUCUACUUAGGAUGGCACUUUAACUAUGUAAUUUGGCUACACUUGCAAUGUCAUCCAAAGCUAUGACUAAAUUGAGACUCUUGUUCUAGGAGUACAUUAGCUAAAAGGAAAGAAUGACAGUUCUAAUUAAAUAAUUUCAAAAUGCUGCCCUAAAUUUUACAAUUAUCUCAUGUACUUAAUAGGUUAUUAUUAUUUACAGUAAACUAAGAGAAUUAGAUUAUCUGGAAUGUGAAGCCCUGUGAUAUUGUCACUUUAGGGCUCUUAUGAAGACCAAAGACGGGAUUUCCAAAGGUAGAUUGAAAAGGUACAGUUCAUUAGAGGAAGAAGUUAUGCUUGACAUUUUGGAAUGGUUAUAUUUCAACUGCUUUACAAAUAAAUAAUCAGCAACCUAUUCUAUUCUUUUUUUGGCUCUCUUCACUAAGAAAAAUAGGAAAAUAUCUUUGGGCACAGUUCAGUGACAUACUUAUCUUUCAAUUGUAUAUUUUAAUGCCUGUGAUGAUUUUACACCCUUAUAGUGCUACCCUAAACAAGUUUAUUCAGUGAUAAAUUUCACUGGGACUUACUUUCCAGUAAGUGUGUUUAGGAUUGUAGUAGAAUCGUUUUCUUUGUGAGAAAGAAGGCUAUCAAUAAUUUCUUUUUUGGUUCUUUCUUUUUACUGCUUGAAAGAAAGAGAAGUAAACUAGUUAUGAAAUUUGGUACAUUGGCAAUACAGUAAUGCAUCAUUUUAAGAUGGCAAACUCAUUCAACAAAACUCAUCUGGUAGCUUUGCAGCUACCAAAAUAUUUGUACAAGGAUAUUUCUCCUUUACAUUAUUUUAUACUAGUGGUCUCUGCUUCAGAAUCUGCUACCAUAGAUCAUGCUAAUAACAUAAAGAACAGUACACCAGAGGUUAAGAUUUGAGAAUUUUUUUUAAAAAAUCUUGAAAUAUUCAUUAUUCAUAAUACUGCCUAGGGAUCCUGUACUGUGAGCUCCAUGUAUAUAAUAGUUCAAUGAUCUACAGCAAUAUUAAAUAUAUUUUCUUAGACCAUAUGUUUACCAUAAGGUAUUUUAAUAAAAAACAUACUACAUA